GCUGCGGUAACUUGAGGCGUGAAGGCAAUCGACACGAGGGGCAGUCCAAUGCGACCUUACGUUGAUCUGGACGGCGAGCUACUGCCGCUGUGGCAUUCUGAUUCACCCAGGGCAAUCCACACGAGAGUCAAGACACCCCUCAUUGGUACGACCUACAGCCUGGCACUGAUCCACAUUAUUGUAUGCUGUCGUGCACUGGGUGACAGACAGCCGCCGCCCUCCUCUGCCCACGAUGCGAGGGUGUGUGUGCUGGAGAGAAUACGUCAUCGAGAGCACCGGUGCUAUCCUUGGGCUGCAAACUCAAAUGGCUCAGAAUGUAAAGGUCGAUAGUUCUUCGUGUCUGUUUAUCCGCCUCUUCAGCCCCAACGCGUACAAAUUGUGCUGUCUUGGCUGAACAUGAUCUACUAGCUCCAGAACAGAAUUGUGCAACUGGAUUUCUCACAACACCGCCGAGCCCUCCCAGCGCGAACAGUAGAAGCUGUCUACCUACAUAGGGAAGACGCCUACGGUGACGACCAAAGCCGAACGGCCC